AUGAAGACGUCCUCUGGUUGAGCAGCUGCAGGGCUCCGUGGUGCUGACAGGACGGCUCCUCCGCGCCCUCACAUCUGCAGACAUGUUCACCCGGAUGUUAAAGCUGAGGCUCCUCAACGCCGUCGCUCCUGCGUACUUCUUCAUGGCCACAGCAGCCACCUUCAUCCUCUACUUCUGCCUCUUCAUCCCAACAAUCUUCCCCAGCCCAGACACGGCCCUGAGCUCUACAACGCUCCACGCGGCCGUUUUCCUUUUCCUCAUGUUCAACGCGUUGGGCAACUACGUAAUGACUAUUAAAUACCCCGCCGAAAGUGCCAACGAGACCUCGGUGCCGGUGUGCUCGCCCCACUGCUCUGACAAAGUGGACGCCCACUACCUCCUGAACGGCCGUCACUUCUGCAAGCUGUGCAAGAAGGUCAUUCUGAAGAGGGACCACCACUGCUUCUUCACGGGCAACUGCAUCGGCAACAAAAACAUGCGCUACUUCAUCAUGUUCUGCGUGUACACGUCGUGCACCUGCCUGUACUCGCUGGUUCUGGGUGUUGCCUUCCUGACGGUGGAGUACUCCAUCUCCUUCGAGAACCCGCUCACCUUCCUGACUCUUCUCCCUCUCUCCACUGGCUACUUCUUCAUGGGAACGAUCUCGGGCCUGCAGCUGUUCCUGGUGCUGAUGCUGUACGUGUGGCUGGGCAUCGGCUUGGUGAGCGCAGGCUUCUGCUGCCAGCAGGUGCUGCUGGUGGCUCGGGGACAGACCUGGUGUCAGAUGCAGAGAGGGGAACUUUUGGAGAACGGCAGCCCCUGGAGAGCCAACCUCAAGGAUAUUUUUGGCACCCGCUGGAUUCUUGGCCUUAUUUUGCCCGUGCAGACAGUGGAGACGUACUCUGAAGACAUACACAAGCAGGACUGAGCGAGUUAACAGCAGAAAAAGCUGUUUUGAAUCCACGUGAUUGGUUGGAUGCUGUCGUGGCGUUUAUUGAAAUAGAUCAUUCAUAUAUACAUUUUAAGGACAAGAGCCAUAAAACGAUGUGAAAUAGGUGCAUAGAUUACA